AAGUUAUAUACAUUGUGUGUGAUAUUGGGACUUUGUAGUCUUCAAUAUGUCCAUGGCUUGGAUUUAAGUUUUAAAAAUAUUGCCAAAUCAACAGCCGAUGUAACCACUGGUGUUAUCAAGGAUGUGGGCAAUAAAUUACCCACCCCACAGGGUCUGUUUGAGACGAGUAAGCAGUUGGUUGCCGGUUAUCCAUUUGAAUUUGUUUCCUCGGCUGUCAAUCAAUUGUGCGCCUCGGCUUUAUCAUCCAAUGCCAUUACCCCGAAAGUGACUCCAAACAUUGACAAAAUGUUUUUCCAGUUGAGAACUGCAUGCAAUCGCUAUAAUCACCCACUGCUGAAAGCCAAUGAAAUGUGGACCAGUCCGGAAUUUGAUCCCAAAAAGAAGGUGGUCAUAUUGGCCACGGGUUGGACAACAACCGUCAAUGAAACCGACACCAUUGAUGUGUUCGCCAAGGCCUAUGCUUGUCGGGGUGAUGUAAAUUUCGUGGCCAUUGAUGCUGGUUCUUUUGUGGACACCCUUUACACCUGGUCGGCAUUUAACACCGAAGAAUUGGGAAUGCAUAUUGCCAAGGGCCUGGAGCAAUUGGAGAAAAUUGUCCCAUUGGAAAAUAUACACUUGAUCGGUCAUAGUUUGGGUGCUCAUAUUAUGGGUGCGGCAGCUCGCUACUUCUACGAUAGUACCGGAAAACUUAUACCACGUGUUACGGGUCUGGAUCCUGCCAAGCCAUGCUUCAAUGAGGGUGAAGCUCUUUCGGGUCUUAUGCGUGGUGAUGCUAAAUUUAUUGAUGUCAUUCACAGCAAUUCGGGUGUGUUGGGCAAACGUAAUCCCACCGGUGAUGUUGAUUUCUAUCCAGGUGGUUUGGAUCCCCUGCCACCGGGUUGUAUAAGUGUUACCUGUGCCCAUGCCAGGGCAUGGGAAUACUUUGCCGAAACGAUAUAUCCCGGGAAUGAGAACAACUUCAUGGGAGCACGUUGUACAUCAUUGACACGUUUGCGUGAAAAUAAAUGUCCCAAACAAAAUGUACCAAUGGGUUAUGCAGCACCGACCAACGUUAAGGGCAGCUAUUUUAUGGAAGUGAAGGGUGAAGCUCCAUUUGGCAUGGGUGGUGAUAAAAAACGUAUGCUGGCCAAUGAACAAUGUGGUGCAUGUCCGAAUGCAACGAAGUCGUAA